UAUCAAUAUUCAGCAGCAGCAGCAGCGAGUGCAAGCGUGUCGAUGCCGAUCAAGACGGAGGAGGCGGCGGCCUCUCCGGCGAGGCACGCUGGUGGCGGCGAUGACGAUGGCCGCGGUAGGAGGAGGGUGCUGGUGUUCCCGCUGCCGUUCCAGGGGCACGUCACGCCGAUGCUGCAGCUGGCCGACGCGCUGCGCUCCCGCGGCGGCUUCGCCGUCACCGUCUUCCUCGCACCCGUCCCGUCGUCGUCGUCGCUGCUCCACCGGCCAGCGGGUUACCGCUUCGUGACCGUCGGGGCCGGCGUGGCGGGGGCCGCGGCGGCGCUCAUCCCGAGCGGCACGGGCGGCGACUUCGCCGGCGCGCUGAUGCGCCUCGACGCGCUCCUCAGGGCCCCGUUCGAGGACUGCCUCCGCCAGGAGCUCGCCGCCGACGAGGACGCGGCGGCGUGCCUGGUGGUGGACUCCAACCUCCGCGGGAUGCAGGAGGUGGCGGAGCGGCUCGGCGUGGCGACGCUGGCGCUGCGCACCGGCGGCGCGUGUUGCCUCGUGGCGUACAUGGCCUUCCCGGAGCUCUGCGGCAAGGGCAUCCUCCCGCCGCCGACGUCGGCGCGACGAGAUCAGCAUCAAAUGGACAUGCAAUUGGAUGAACUUCCACCACUUCGUCUGCGAGAUAUGAUGUUCUCAGCAACAACCACACAUGCUACAAUGGCUACCUGCUUAGAACGUCUAUUGGAUUCAUCACGGUGUUCUUCAGGUGUCAUCCUCAAUACCUUCAACGACCUCGAGAACUCUGACCUCCAGAAGAUCGCCAAUGGCCUAAACGUUCCGGUAUAUGCAGUCGGUCCACUUCACAAGAUUUCCAUAGGUGAACAUAACAGCUUGUUGACUCAAGAUCUAAGUUGUCUCGAAUGGUUGGACAAGCAGGAGGCAGAGUCUGUCAUUUAUGUGAGCUUUGGGAGCUUGGCGUCUAUGGAUCCUGAAGAGAUUCUGGAGACAGCAUGGGGAUUGGUUGAUAGCCAGAUGCCGUUUCUCUGGGUGAUCAGGCCAAACAUGGUCCAGGGCUCACUACAAGUAGGUCUUCCAGAUGGCUUCGAGGAGGCGACACGUGGCAGCGGUAUGGUGGUUUCUUGGGCCCCACAACAAGAUGUGCUGAAGCACCAAGCAGUUGGCGGUUUCUGGACGCACAAUGGAUGGAACUCGACUCUAGAGAGUAUAUGCGAUGGUGUUCCAAUGAUAUGUAGGCCUCAGUUUGCGGAUCAAAUGAUUAAUGCCAGGUACGUCGAAGAGGUAUGGAAAAUAGGGUUUGAGCUAGAGGGUAAGCUCGAGAGGGGAAUGAUUGAGAGGGCUCUUAGAAAGUUAAUGUGCAGUGAAGGAGGUAACGAGAUGAGGCAAAGGGCAAAGGAUUUGAAGAAGAAAGCAACCACCUGUGUUGAGAAAGGAGGCUCUUCAAAAACUGCAAUUGAUAUGCUGGUGAAUCGCAUAAUGUCAUUCUGAGCCUUAUCUUAUAUAUGAAUAAAUUAAUUAAACGAUAUCCUGAAAUACAUUUUCAAACGAACGUCUUACCAAGUUACUAUUAAUUAUCUGUCAACUUUACAAAUGUCAUCGUGGGCUUCUUCUCGUGACAGAUCAAGCUCCAUUUUCCUUCUUAGAUGUGGCCUAUUUUUUCUGUUAAAAUUAUACUUAGUUUCAGAUGGAAUGUCUGGCAUUUCAUAGGAUAUCCAAAAUGUAGAAUAUGGCUACAGGUUGUACAAAACAGAAUUAAUCAUCUCUAAUAAUUAAUUUUAGUUACAGACAAUUUAUAAACAAACUAUUUCUUGUAGUGUACAUAUCAUCGGCAAUCACAGUGGUGU